CCCCAUUACACUGCAUCGUUAAUUGUUUGAACUCCAUCACGGCUCCCGCCAUCGCUUCUUUCGCUCGCCCUAUUGUAUUUGGGUGUGUUCUGCUUCUUCUGGUGUUUGCCUAAGCUCGACUGGCUGGCGCAUUGGACUUGGCGCUGAUACGAACACCACCAGGCUUCCAUCCAUCUAUCUACCCUGACUACGUCGAACCACCAUCACAGCUACCCUCACCCAUCCACAACCCGGCUCUAUAUCGCCUCCACCACACCUCCAGUCUUCAUGGCUCGCCCGCAAAGCCCUCCGAUACUUUCCCAGCUCCGAAGCGCCCGAACGUUGCCCGAGCAAGCCGCCGCCCUGCGAGCUCUCAAGAAUGAAAUAGUUGGUCAUAUUCAGAAGAAGGAGCUAUGGAUCAGCUUGGGCGUCCUUGAUCCCAUCGUCAGGACACUCGCCACGGCUAGGUCACCAGCGAAGCCAAACGGCAAGGAUGCACGUUUCCCUCAGGUGCAACGACAUCUGUCGGAGGAGGAGAGCGUAAGGCUACAAGCCCUUCAGCUGGUUGCUUGCUUUGCACAUGGAGGACCUGCUUUCCUCGCUCCCCUCCACGCAGCGAGGGCGCUCCCUGCGCUUCUGGCCAACAUCUCUCCCUUCACGAAUGCUCCCCACCUGGUUGUCGCGGCACUCAGGGCGUUGACGGACAUCGCAGAUGCCUCUGCCUUGGCCCCUGCGUCAUCGCCAUUUGACCUCGAGUCGCUUGCAGAUGCCAUUUUCUCGACACAAUACCUCGAAUCAUUCGGUGCUAUGCUAUCAAUUUCCUCCACAAACCACCUCCUUCAGUCUCAGGUACCACUUGCAGCCGGCCUGAUAUCUCGCCUGUGCCGAGAGGACCGACACCAGCAUGCUUUGGCAACGGCGGGCAUUCUGGAUGCUCUUGCAACACGGUUAGCCAGCGUUGCUGUUGCCCGAGGUCAUGUAGUUCCUGGUGCCGAUGUGGUAGCAAACUUCGAGGGCCUCUUCGAAGCCUUCCCGGAGCCCGCACCCAAAAGCCUAAGGCUCAGGCCAAUACUCGAGGCCAUCGCAGCGAUUAUCGGAGACUCCAAAUACCGCACUCAUCGACUCGCAAAUUCUCCUUCGAUCCUCGCCGUCUUCCCUCCCAUCAAGUUCGAGCGAACGGGCGAGACCGCAGAGUCCAAGCAGGAUCAAGAAUACCCUGGGUUUGGGAACCCGCGCCAGCAACCAUUGACUGCGAUGGAGUACAUCCUACCAAUCAAUAUAUCGAGGCCAUUGUCCACGUCUCCAUACGCCUCUGGUGUGGUAUCAGAUUCCCAGUCUUCAAGCCGGUCAUCUCUCAGCAAGUUUAGCUCUUCAGCAAUAUGGGAUUCCCCACGCCCUCAGCCAGCUGGCGCUAACCUUGACGGGGACUCAGCAGAGGUCGAAAGUCCCUUCGUCCCCUGGCUUGUGUAUCUUGUGAGGUCUUCGGAUGAGUACGAACGACUACUCGCCUCUUCUAUCCUUGCUGCAUUGAUCAAGUGUGGGGUAGGAAGCAAGUCUCUCAGAGAGACAACACUUGGGCUCCUUGUGGUGCCGUUGCUCGUUGACAUGGUUGCCAAGAACGACAAGGACGCCUCAGAUGUGGACGAGCUCGAUAGCACCAAGCGCACAAUUCUCGAGCAAGCACCCGUAGUUUUGGCCCGCAUGGUUGUGGAUAGCGACUAUCUUCAAAAGUCAGCGUAUGACUGCGACGCCGUCAAGGUCCUGAGCAAGCUCUUGAAACACGCAUAUACCCCGGUUCAGAACACAACCCAACCGCGGUACUGGUCGCCACUUCCCGACACCGAGAUGGACGUUGAGGACUCCACCCCUCUUACACAACUCGGCGAGGAUGGCCAGAACAGCCUGCUCAUUCAUCGGCUCAAGGUGCGCGAGGGCACCCUCAAGGCAAUUGCGGCGCUUGCAGGAGGGAGUGAGGACUACAGGAAGGCAUUCCUGGCGGAAGAAAUUGUUUCAUACGUCGUGGAGUCUCUGUCAGAAUUCCCAAGGAAACCCAAGUCUAUCAAAGAGCGGACCGACAAGACAACCGACCAUGCCCCCAGGCAGACCGCCACGGCAGGAUAUGGCGCCAACCCUGCAGGUGUAAUAAUCGCCGGGUGCCAUGUUGUCAGAAUGCUGUCGCGUUCAGUCAGCACCCUGCGGACUGCCCUGGUUGAUCAUGGUGUUGCUUUGCCUGUUUUCCGGUUCAUGAAACAUCCCGACGUCAAUAUCCAGAUUGCUGCCACGGCGACCAUCAUCAACCUCGUCGUCGAGGUGAGCCCUGUCCGGGAGCUCCUAACUGAAAACGGCGUCAUGAAAGUCCUAUGCGAGCAUGCUCAUUCCGACAACCCAGCACUUCGUCUCAAUGCACUCUGGGCCCUGAAGCAUUUCGUUGAUGCCGUAGGCCCUGAGCUCAAGAAGGCUUGUCUGGAAAAGCUGGGAACCGAGUACUUGGUACAGCUCAUUUGCGAUGACACAGAGGACUCGACGCUACACAUGGGCCAGGAGAGGGAAACCUCUGGCAUAGACAUGGAUGACGAUAUCGAGAUGGAGCCAUCCGACGUACCGCAUCGAUGGCUCUAUGCGUCGAAUGGACUCGUGCGGGAAUUGGACUCUUCGCGGUCAACCAAGCUACGCCAGGCAGAGGACAAGCUUGCUGCGGUUCGAGAGUCAGAACUGAACCCCGUGCGAAGGGCACGAAACGAUGAUUUGGCGAUCCAAGAACAGGGUCUCAAUUUCAUCCAAAACCUGAUUGGGAGACCAGAGGCCGGAUUAGCGUCGGAGACGACUAGCGAAACUGCCGAGAUGGUUGACCAUCUGUUUAAUGAGCUCGGACAGGAUCGCAUGUUUGAGAUUCUGGCAUCCAAACUCCGGGCCAAGGUGCUCCACCCAUUCUCCCGCCGAACUCCGGUGGCCGGCCGAGAAACCCGGGUGCUCCACCCACAGGCUAAGAUCAUCAUGGCGGUCAUCUACAUCCUGGUCCACAUGGCGGCGAGCAUCCCGCGACAUCGGCAAUUGGUUAUUGCACAGACGGAACUGCUGAAGCUCUUGGCGCAGCAGGCUAGCAGCAAGGAUCGGGAAGUGCGGGUGGCGCUCUGCCACCUGAUUAUCAACUUGACAUGGCAGGAGGACGAUGGCGAGGCCCAGUCUUGCGCGCAGAGGGCACAGGAGCUGAGAAAAUUGGGGUUCCACACCAAGAUGGAGACGCUGAAGCACCAGGAUGGGGACCUAGAUGUGCGUGAACGGGCAAAGACGGCAGUGUGGCAGAUACAACAGGCCACUUACUAGCUGAGCGAUGGGGAUAUCACCGUCUACGCGAAGGUUGUGUAUUUUAUACAAGGAAAAGAGGCCACAAAAGCGUUACAGUCCGGGUCUGAACAGGAGCAGGACGUGUAUCCAUACUUUUACGUUGUAAUUUCUCAUGACAUGGAAUCAUCAAGCAUGCUACGGCACUAGCAUUAAUCUCAUGAUGUCAUCCUGGAUGUUAACUCUACUACCGGACAGGGAGGCUCGCGAUUUCGGAACAUGGGUAGUGCUGAGUUUGGUGGAACUCGUGACUGCCUUGAGUGGGACUAAGGUAGCUGGUUGGCGAUCGAUCUAGUUGAUGUGGAGGGCGUAUUCGUACAACGUGAACCAGUACUUGACGAUGUAUGGUCGUUUCUGCAUGCAAC